AUGGAUGUGCAGGGUGCCUUUGAUGCUGUGCUGCGCAGGCGGCUGCUUCAGCGGAUGGCGCAGCAGGGGUGGCCACGCGAGCUGCUGCAGCUCAUUGACAGUUUCCUCACUGAACGCAGAGCUCAGGUCCGGCUGGAGGGGACCACCACAGCAGCACAUCAGAUGCAAUGUGGCACGCCACAGGGGUCUCCUUUGUCACCAAUACUGUUCCUUCUGUACCUGGCAGAGCUGCUGUGGCAAAACUCGGAGUUGCGCUUUGGCUAUGCGGAUGAUCUGAACAUCUGGCGGGCGACCCACUCACUUGACAACAAUGCCACCCUUCUCAGACAGGAUAUACAGAGUAUUCUGAGGUGGGGGGAGAUAAACAAGGUGGCUUUCGCACCAGAGAAACUUGAGAUGAUCCAUCUUACAAGAAAGCGACACAAUGAGGCACCAGCAGUAGUUGUGUCUGAGGACCUCACUGUUCACCCUGUUACUGCCCCAGCUGGACAGGAGCCAGCACUUCGCUGGCUGGGUGUACACUUCGACAGAAGGCUCACCUGGAGACCACAUGUCUCCACCCGGGCAAAGAAGGCAAGGGCCGUGGCCCAGCACAUCCGGAGUCUGGGAAAGACCAGAGACGGGCCCCCAGCAGACCUGCGUGGUUCCCUCACUGCUCUAUGGCACAGAGGCCUGGUACGGCGGCCGCACGCAGCCAGCAAGGCACACGGGCAGGAGUGGGGAGUUUUCCGUACAACGCCCAUCGCUACCCUAUACCGGGAUGCUGGGCUCCCAUCAGCAAUGGUAGCUCUGGAGGAGGCCAAAAUUCGAUUCGCGACAAGGCUUCAGGUGGUGGAUGAGAAGCACCCACUGGCUUCACGGAUAGCACCUCCAAUGAUCACACGAGGAAGAGGGGCUGGAACCCGGCAGCGCUCAAAGACCAAGAUCCAGCGGUUGGGGGCGCUGCUACCUGCAGUCAAUAGACCCACACUUGCCAUCCCACACUACUCAGAGGGAUGCGGGACAGACCCCACAGAGGGUGUAGACAAAAAGAGUGCUGCUCAGGCAUUCAAGGAAUGGUGGAGAAGUCAACCCUCAACAGAUCUAUAUGUUUUCUCAGAUGGAUCAGAACGGAACCUUGACAACAGCAGGCAGGUGGGCUAUGGCUUCAUAGUCUAUCAGGGAAAUAAACAGCUGGCCAGCUUCUCAGCUGCGCUGAGCCCUAUGUCACAUGUCUUCGACGCUGAGGCAGUUGGUGCCUGCCGGGCAUUGGAGUGCGCCGUGAAGCUCCUACCUUGUGUCACAGAGGACAGCAGCAACCCUCAGAUCUGGCUCUGCCUCGACAACACCUCAGUCAUCUGGGGCAUACGGGGCAGUGCAGCAGCCUCCUCAAACUGGGCCUACAACCGCUGCCAUGAGCUCCUCAGACAGCACAAUGUCGGCCUGAAAUGGGCUCCUGGGCAUAUGGGGAUAGAGGGCAAUGAGGAAGCAGACCGCUUGGCUAAGCGGGCAGUCUCAUCCACUGCAGCCCCAGCCUAUGGUCUCGAGGCCACACCCACAGUCAGUGGGGUCCGCACAGUGGCCAAGCAGCUCAGCCAAGAGGCAAGGCGAAAGUGGUGGAGUGGAGCCUGUGGCAAGCUCUCUGACUGGUACCGGGGCUGGAGUUUCAGCAGGCCGACUGUGGAAUACCAAGUGAAGGCCCCUCCGGAGCUCACCAUGCCACGGCAUGCCCUUCACCGCUGGCUCGCACUCCGCUCCUCUCAUGGGGACUUCUCCUGGUACCACAGGCGUUUCCAGCAUGCAGAUGCGAGGCUCACCUGUGUCUGUGGACACAACAAGAGCCCAGAACAUUUGGUGCUCUGUCGACACUCACAGAGGCACUUUCUUCACUGGCCCAAGAGGCCAGCAGCACGGCCACACAACCGGGCGACAGCUGUUGCCUAUCUAGGGUCUCUGACCCCUACAGACUUUGUAGAACUGCUGGACUGCACGCAGUUCUACACACGGUACUGCACAAGGUAA